AUGAAAUUCACUCUCAUCAGCUCCGCUCUCUUCCUGGCCACUGCUGCCAUGGCCUCCCCCGACGGCGUUGACGUGAACUCUAUCGUGUCCGCAGCCGAAGGCAUCGCCUCAACAGCCGUCAGCGGCGGUGAAUCCGUCGGCUCCGACGUCGCCGACAAGGCCACCUCCAUCUACGACGCCGCCAGCACCGGCGGCGCCGCAGCCGUUUCCUCCAUCCGCAGCGAAGCCAGCGAUCUCUCCACCCUCACCGGCGACGCCGCCACCAUCGCCUCGUCCAUCACUAGCAAGGCUGGCUCCAUCGCUUCCGAGGCUACCAGCCGCGCUGCCACCUGGGCCUCUGCUCAGACUACCCUGACCAACUCCGCUGGCUCAGCUACCGCUACUGAGUCCACCACUCUCACCAGCGUUGCCACCGGCACUUCUACCGAUAGCACUGCCAGCGGCUCUGCUGCCGCCACUACCUCUGGCAACGGUGCCUUCGCCCGCCCCACUGCUGUCGGCGCUGCCGCUGCUGGUAUGGCCGGUGUUCUCGGUAUCAUGGUUGCCCUGUAA